AUGGAAAACCUAGACGAACUCUUCGCCCUCGACACCCUAGCUUUCCUCCUCGCCCUCAUCGCCUGGCCGCUGAAAUGGCUACUCGCCCCCUUCCUGGCCCUCCUCGCCAGCCUCCACAUCCCGCUCUUCGACACGCCAGCAGAGUUCUCGCCCUUCUUCUACGUCUCCACUCUGCUCGCAUCGUUCUUUUUCGGUCUGUGCAUCCGCCCACGCGGUUCUAGAUACUACCUUGUCUGGGCCACGGCUGUUGUUGUGGUGUGUGCUUGUGUGUUGAGUGCGCGCAUGGCGGACCAUGUUGAGGAGCAGUUGGAGGAAGUGGAGGAUCGGGGCUUGCGGUGGUGCUUUGAGGGAUGGAAGACGUAUGAGACGUGGCUGGCGUGGGUUGGUGAGGAACUUCGGGUCUGCAGAGAGGAGACAGAGUAUGAAGAGUUGGCAAAGUCUGUUGGUGUAGAUCUUGCAGACAUUUGUGAUGUGGAGAACAAGUGUAGGAAUACGGGCGCUGGGUUGCUGAUUGGAGGAAUGUGA